AGAGAGGGAGAGGGAGAGGGGGAGGGAGAUGACUCCAUGUUGGGAAUCUUGAGAUCAACCUGGGCGACAGUGAAUGGAGGAGAAGGUCGAAUGGGAGGAACGCAGUCGGAAUGCGGGUGGGACCCACCGACCGACCGGUGUGGGCUACCCCAAAUCUUUUCCCUGCUCUUAAAACCCUCCACCCGUCCCUCCCCUGUAUCAAACGCGCUGCUCUGCUUCUUCGAUUCAACCUCCUUCGUCUCCUCUCUUCCUCUUGGAAGAGAGGAAGGUGGCGGUGUUGCUCCUACGGCAGAUCGCAUGUGGACUAACUUGCUUACUGUUUGUUCUUGGUUUGUGCAGAAGCCAUGGAAGGGAGUGAUGGCGGGGGAAGACAGAAGGGAGUGCAGAGGACGUCCGUGCAACCUCGGCCUUUGAAGAAAAUUAGAAGUCCCGAUCGACGCCAUCAAUAUUCCUCUACUUCAACCUCUUCGUCUUCAUCUUCUUCUCAGUGUUCCUCGAAUUCUAAUCCCGUUUCCAGCUCCUUCUCUGGCCCUCCGGUUUCUUCGUCCUCGACUUUAUAUUCCAAGCCUAUUUUUCCGUUUGCUUCGGCAGGCAGCUCUCGGGCUGUUGUUGAUCUGACACUGUCACCCCCCGCGCGUUCCAGUCUGCAUCAUCAGCCGCCGCCAUGGCAACAGCAACAGAUGAUCUCAUUCGGACGUCAUCAUCCCCAUCAGAUCCGAACGUAUCCUCCCUCUCCUCCAUUCAUGACGACAGAAGAAGCGGCGGCGACACAGCAGCAGCUGCAGCAUCGGGUGUAUCAGGAGCAGUACCUCCUGAGGUACUGGAGCGAGGCGCUCAACCUUAACCCACGCGCGCGGAUGGUGAUGGCGAUGAGCCGCCCGCUGCACCCCUCCUCCCUUUGUCCGCGCCCGUUGCUGCCCCCCAUCCCGACGCCUGCGAAGCUGUAUCGCGGCGUGCGGCAGCGACACUGGGGGAAGUGGGUGGCGGAGAUCCGCCUCCCCCGGAACCGUAGCCGCCUCUGGCUCGGAACCUUCAACACCGCCGAGGAAGCCGCCCUCGCUUACGACCGCGAGGCGUUCAAGCUGAGAGGGGAGAACGCGAAGCUCAACUUUCCUCAUCUCUUCCUCGGCACCGGUGGCGGUAGUGGUGACAGAGGCGGGGCUUCUUGUUCUUCCUCCUCAUCCUCUCCUCCUGCCACGCCUGAGGAAGCUCGACCACAAACCAUCCACCACCAAUUGCAACCCCGGCCACCUCCACCUGUGGCUUUUGAGACUGCAGGCGUUACUGCCACCGUCAUCGGCAGUUCCAGCAGCGGCGACGGCUCCGCGUCAGGGCUUGAUGAAUCCGGUGGAUCGGAGCCUACAGCCCCCGAGACAACAACACCCGAAAUGGUGUGGGGAAACACCGCUGCAGCAGCGGAAGAAUGGUUCAGCACCUGGGGGCCAGGGAGCUCCAUAUGGGACGACAUCGACGGAGCCAAUAGCUUGCUCCUCCACUCCCGGUUCACGAGCUUCGCCGACAUGGAUCCCUCCAAUGUCGCGCCACCAUCAUCAGCCGCAACGACGACAGCAUCUCCGGAUGCUGACGCAUCUUCUACUGCUGGUCCUGGCCCUUCUUCUUCCGUGUUUUUGUGGAAGGAGUGACCAAAUAGAUUUCUCAUCUACUUCUUCUUCCUGCAUCAACCACAUUGUCACCAUUGAUGCAUUGGUUCAGUCGCUCAGAGCUUGCGGCAACCUCGCGCAGAUCAUGCAGCUGCUUUGUUCACAGGUUGCAGAUUUUUACGAGGCAUCCAGUGUGACUAUAGGAAUCUUAGCUGCUGCAUGUUAGGAUAUCAGAUUUGCCACCAUUCUUCUCCUCUCUGCAUCUACUACAUGAGGAUAUCAUGAAUUGGAAGAUUCCGGCAUGCAGUUUACUUUGUCUACUUCACUGGUUGCAGAUUUUAUGAGACAGCCUGUGACUUCUGAUUGUUAUCUCUGCGUGCCAAAAAUCUCAGAGUUUAUAUCCUGCUAUCAUUCAUGCACAGAAGUAAAUGAUCAAGUAACCUAGAAAUUAUUACUUGACAUCAUUCUACACUCCAAGAUGUAGAUGCACUCACAUUUUCCUGGAAAUUCCAGCUACAAUUCAAGUCUCUCUUCUCUGGUUUAUAAGGCAAAAGAUAUGACAAUGAACAGCUCUGAAAAGAUAUCAGAAAGCACACUGCCAUCCAAAGAGGGAGCUUUGGAUGGAGAUGUUGAGGACUGGCCCCAAAUCACCACCACCAGCAGUAACCAACCCUAUCAUUGGCAACCUUGUGGAAGACCUCCGACUUUAAACACCCACAGCUGACCUAGAAGUCAUAGUCUAUAGGUCUUGGAUCUUUCUUAUCUAUCCCCCCUGUCACAUCAGAAUGUUUCUGCAGGCCUCCAUCAACCAUUUGUCUCCGAUCAGUGGACUCGAGAUCACUUCAUUCAACCUUGGAUUGUCUGAGUACCUCGAACUGUGUUCUUCGUGCUCAUGCUAAAAGUAUCAAUCUCUGUGUUACUUAAGAACAGAGUUUGCUGCUGUAAUCUACAGUCUUUCAUGCUACCAAGAAAUGAGUGCUUCAGAAGUUCAAAGGAUUUCAUGAAGGCUGCCCCCAAAGGCUAUCAUAAGAGAGUUCAAAGAAAGAGAAAAAGCAAUAGCAUCAUGUAGCAAGAUGAAAUCAGCAUCUGCAUGGAGUUUCACAUCUGCAUCCUGCUUGUGACCAUUAAGAUGAAGAGUUUUCUUGUUUGGUAUUGCUCCAUUCAUGCAGAUGAAUAUAACAGGGAUCUGAAUCAUACACAAGUGCUGCAAGUUUCAUGGUUGGCUUCUCACUCAAAAUAAUCUGAAUAAGUAGGCUUUAGUGUU